ACGCACCGGAGCCCCGGAGGGCUGGUGGGUAGCGCGACUCUGCCGCAUUUAGGGCUCGAGCUGCCGGAGCCCAGGCUCGCUGCGUCCUGGUCCAGCGCGCGGUGGGGACCGGGACCGGCUCCGCUCCCGCAGGCGGGUCUCCUGUCUCUCUCACCCGUCACGAGAUUCCCACAGUACCGAACAACUGGUAAACACGAGUGGCUGUGUCUGGCUGUCAGGGCCCGGCCUGUCUGUCUGAGAACCUUCCCCCGCUAUCUGUCUGCUUCUCCUUCAUCGUAAUCAAUAUUGAAAGCAGAACUUCCAUCGAAUCUCACUUCCCGGCUCCUACUGGAUCCGCUCGGCUGCUUGCAUUGAGCUCUGGGCCUUGAGCUUCAGCUGGGAGACGGCAGCGCAGCUUGCCUGGUCCAUGCACCGAGCUCCGUUCUCAGUUGGCUGGGAAUCACCAGGAAGCCCCUAACUAACCAUGAUGGGGACUGGCUCCAAGAAAAACCCAGAGGCCGUGGUGGCUCUGCAGCCUGUCAGCACCACAAUGCCUGUGGGCUCCAUGGAGAACGUGACCAACACCACGAACCUGAGUGACAGCAAGGAGGAUAUAUUUGCCAAGCUGAAGGCCAAAUUCAUGAAUGAGCUGAACAAGAUUCCCUUGCCUCCCUGGGCCCUGAUUGCCAUCGCUGUGGUUGGCGGCCUGCUCCUCCUCACCUGCUGCUUCUGCAUCUGCAAAAAAUGCUGCUGCAAGAAGAAGAAGAACAAGAAGGAGAAGGGCAAAGGGAUGAAGAAUGCCAUGAACAUGAAAGACAUGAAAUCAGGGAACCAGAACAAACAGGAUGACGAUGACGCGGAGAUGGGCCUGACGGAGGGAGAAGGCGAGGAGGAGGAGAAAGAGCCAGAGAACCUGGGCAAGCUGCAGUUCUCGCUGGACUAUGAUUUCCAGGCUAACCAGCUGACGGUGGGCAUUCUCCAAGCGGCCGAGCUCCCGGCGCUGGAUAUGGGCGGCACCUCGGACCCGUAUGUCAAAGUCUUCCUGCUUCCAGACAAGAAGAAGAAAUACGAGACCAAAGUGCAGAAGAAGACCCUCAACCCGGCCUUCAAUGAGACUUUCGUCUUCAAGGUUCCCUACCAAGAGCUGGGUGGGAAAACCUUGGUGAUGGCCAUCUACGACUUUGAUCGCUUCUCCAAGCACGACAUCAUUGGGGAGGUCAAGGUGCCCAUGAACACAGUGGACCUGGGCCAACCCAUUGAGGAGUGGAGAGACCUGCAGGGCGGCGAGAAAGAGGAGCCAGAGAAGCUGGGAGAUAUCUGCAUCUCGCUACGGUACGUGCCCACCGCCGGGAAACUCACCGUUUGUAUCCUGGAAGCCAAGAACCUGAAAAAGAUGGACGUGGGGGGUCUCUCAGAUCCAUAUGUGAAGAUCCACCUAAUGCAGAAUGGCAAGAGGCUGAAGAAGAAGAAAACCACUGUGAAGAAGAAGACCCUGAACCCCUACUUCAAUGAGUCCUUCAGCUUCGAGAUCCCCUUUGAGCAGAUACAGAAAGUGCAGGUGGUGAUCACUGUCCUGGAUUACGACAAACUGGGGAAGAAUGAAGCCAUCGGCAAAGUAUUUGUUGGCUCCAACGCCAGUGGCACGGAGCUGCGGCACUGGUCCGACAUGCUGGCUAACCCCAGGCGGCCCAUCGCCCAGUGGCACUCCCUGAAGCCGGAAGAAGAGGUGGACGCAUCACUUGGGAAGAACAAAUAGGAAGCUCCGUAGCCCAGAAUAACCUAUGGACAUUCUAAGCGACCCAGAGCUAUCGAUACCUCAGUUAUGUAACCUUUGGUUUUUGCUUCCAUUUUGUUUUAAGCUGCAAUACCCUUUGGUUGCUGUGGAAGGGUUUCCAGACAGUUCUGAGCGCUGUCAGGGGAAAUGGUUAAAGACAGGGAUGGUUCUUUUCAUUCUGCAAAGUCGCUUCCUUCCGCUGCAUGUCUCAUCGUUUCUACGUGCUGUUCUUUGAAAGCGUAAAGCCAGCUUCUGCCGUGGGUCCCAGAGGUGUCAGGCCGUGGCAGGGCAUCGUCUUCCUUUCUCUUCGGUUUUACACUGGGACCUUGAAACAUUGUGCUAAGGUGACAACUGAGCCUGAACAUGUGAGUUGACCAGAUACACUGUGCUUGCUUUGGGGAUACAUACAGCUGGACUAGGCAGGUCGGUGGAGAAGAGCUGUGAUGAGCUGUGAUGAUCACGCAACUGCUUUGACUCCCAUCAGCCACCCAGAGAAGUGCGAGGGUAGCCACGUUGGGACUGGAACCUCCAAGGCUCCGUUGAACAUCUUAAGAUUUAGUUUCUUCUGGUGCGACAGGUGCAUUGCUGGGCAUACAGCCCCUGGGCUAUUGCCACCCGUGUAGGGUAUUGAACUUAGGUAGGGUAUUGAACCUUGCAGCCCCCUCCCCCCACACAUGAUUGCCAGAGAAGGGGAGCGGUUACAUGGCAGGUGCAUGGCUUUGAUAACCGAACGUUCAAUCUCAGUGCAGGACAGAGCACAAAAGAGUCUUGGUUUGGAAAACGACAUCGUGGGAUAUUUAUGUAAAUGAUCAUUGCAAGGCAGGCUUACAGCAGCAGCUGGACGUGAGAGGGGCCCACCCAACCCAAGGCUGAUUUACCAAAAUGGCUGAUUAAAGCCAUCCAUAUGGCUUUAAAUGGCAUCUUAAAUGAAAGCAGCUCUGGGGUGAUUUGCAUACAUGUCCCAUCAUGCCUUGCACUACUGUACAUCUUCUGAAGAUGCAUGACCUAAAAGUGUACAGAGCCAGAUGCAUCCCGGGGGAGGGUUUAAGGUACACGGUCUUCAGAACUCAAGGCGAGAGGGUAGAGCUGGGGAGUUAGUGAGGCAGGUGCAAAUCCCUCCCGGUGUUCCUGCCAGUGACCCAAUGGUACAGAGUUACUCAGUGAGCUGCUCAAAUGUGGUGAUAGAGCUGCUAUGUGACUAGAGUGCUCACUCCAGCCUUCCUGUUGAAGCUGGUCCACUUUAAUUAACUGUUAUUUGGGCCCCAGCAAAGUCAGAAGCUGUCUAUUGCUCAGUGGUCUGGGCCAGCCCCUGAGAUGUUGGACGUGUUGAUUUAAUUCCUGCCUCUGCUUGCUGAGAGUAAGAGUCGGUUAAGUGCUCUUAUCCUUGUUCUUGCCUGUGGAAGCUUGGCCGCUUCCAUUAAGUAUUAGUUGGGCCCACUCAAGGGUUAAGAUCACUCUGUAGUCCAGUGGUUAGUGUACUUGCCUAUGUUGUGGGUGAGCCUAGUGCCAGUCUCCCCUGUGCCCCCUAAGAAGGGGUUUGGACAGGGAUUUCCUUCCUCCCAGGUGACUGAGGUAGGGGGGUAGUCCUUGUUUAAAUCCCAUCUCCUUUGCAGGAGCUAUUGUCUUCCUGGGAUGGAGGUCAGUCCCUGGGAUGUGGGCCAAUUAAUAUUUAAUUAAAACCAGACCCCCCCCUCUGAAUCAGAAUUAAGCCUCAAACCUGGAUUGCCUACACCCCAGCUGCAGAGCAUAACUACAGGGGAACUCACAGCAGGAAGGUCUCAAUCUCCCUGCGUGAAGUUGUUCCACUUUAUAGUUUAAUUAAUUCAGUAGGUAUUGGGCUACACAGAGAGAGAAGGGAGCUGUGUUUCAGUCCCUCACUAGCCCAGUGGUUAUGGGACUUACCAGGCAUGGUCAGGCUGUGAGUUUGAUUCCUUUGCUAGGGAGCCCGCUGAGUGCUGUGGAGGCAGUGAGCAUCUCAAACCAGGUGGGUAGCUUCAGAGAAUGUCUUCUGUGCCCAAAACACAGUUGCCUCGUAGAAAUAUUGUGGUUAUAAACUCUGCCAGUGGGGCACUCCACUAGUAGCUAAUGCAGCCAGAGCCCCACCUUUGUGGCCCUGACAAGGGCGUAGGGCACUGGAACCAGGCUCUCCCACACUCCAGCUUGGGCCUUAACCACUGGGCCAGAGGGAAUUGCCUAGCUGAGCACUGUCCAUCUCCCCAAUUGACACUGUUCCACGCUGUAGUUGGGCCAGAGACCCAGCCCAAGCAGUUGACUUUCUAGCCCAGUAGGAGUGGCCCUCAGCUGGGCUGUGUGAGUGUCAGGAUUAAGCCCCUAUCUAGAUGUGUGUGUAUGAAAUUGUCUACACUGCCUGAGUCUAGGCAGCACCCUUACGUGGGGGCGUGCGCCUGCAGGGCUUUGCUUCCCGGCACAAACGAGACUUUUCACAGCAGGCAGCACCACCCCUCCAACCCAGCCCAGAGGCUGGGCCGCUCCAGCAAAGGCUGCCAUCAAAUCUGAGUCAGCCUCAAACUUGGCUCUCCCACUCUCCAGGGGCUGAGCCUGACCCCGGGGGAAGCCAGGCCUUGAGGCUCUGGCACUCACUCUCUGCCCUGUGAAGCUGUUCUACGUCAUAGUGUUAACUAAGCAUUGCACUGGGAGAGGAAAAAGGGCAGUUGGGAUGGUCUCGGGGCCCAGAGUUGCUAUAAAGUCUGGGGCAGCUGGGAGUUGUGGGCUAACAGGAAGCCUGGUAAAUGCUAGCCAGGAGCACACCCAGGGUGAGAGACAGCUCAAAUGCUGUGUGUCUGGCUUUGCCAUGAAACCCCUAGAGAGAAUAUCAGUCACUGGUGCCCAUGGGGUGGGUGAGUAGCUGGCCCAGGUGGCAGGGGUGCUCUCUCACCCCCUUCCAGCAUCAUACACAGCUAAGAGGGGAAGCACAUUGGCUAAGCACAUUUAGCCCCAAAGGCUAAAGUAUCUGCUGUUUACCACAGGGCCUGCUGCCUGAUGAACCCAGUCCAGUUCCUUUGCCUUCCGCCAGAUAUAGGCCAUAUUCCCCCCUCCCCCAAAGAGCAGUAAAUGUCUUUUCAGGGGGCCAGGACUGGACCUAUAAAGAAACAGGCUCUUGUCCUGCCCCUGCUAGAGCGUUUCCUGAAGUAACAAGAAGAAACCAUCCACCCUUCCCAAUUCGGUCCACUCUGUACCUGAGAAGACCAAACCAGUUUCCCAUUUACUGGCUCUAAGGGACCUUCAACAUUAGUGGCUUUGCUUUGGUUGAACCAGCGCAUUGGAUAGUAGCAUCUGAUACGUAUCCACACUGUGGUUUCCUUUCCUUCUGUGAGUCCAGUCCUGUUUUAUUCUGAACCUUUUGCAUAAUAUCCCUCAAAGGACCUCGCUGCAGCCCCGUGCCAGCCAGUGCUGGAGCAUCCUUGCAAAUCUCCCUGAUCACCAGCUACGUUUUCCUCGCAAUGUGGCUUGGCCUAUGGAAGUGUCUUCCCAGGAAAAGUUGUGACUGGCCAUGCCUCUAGCAAAUGUUCUAGUAGGACAGCUCCUGCCUGGGACUGUAUCCAGGCUUUCCAGCCACACAGCUUGUGGUUUAGAGAAGCAGACUGCAGCACCAAGCAGCUGCUGACAUAUUUUUGUGAGUACGAAGAGCAAGGAGAGCCAGAGUAGUAAGUUUUGGUGUGGCCAAGGGCAUGGGCCCAGCAGUCUGGGACAUCUCACAGGAGGUGGAAUUUACCCACGCCCAGAGUGUCUAGGUCAUGGGGAGAGAGGUGGACAGUUUCACACCCCUUACCCCCUAAUACAAUUGGGGAAUGUUUCACUCCCAACCCCCUCUCCACCCUACUCUUUCCCUCUAACAAUUAUUUAUCCUGUAUUUGUACAUGCCCCCCCCAACCCUUACCUUUUAAGUCCUGCUGGAGCUUCAAUAUUUAAUCAGUAGGAGAGCUCCAUGCACCCACGAGCCUGGCCGUGGGGCAGUCGCACUAAUGGGAACUAGGGAAGCGUACAUUUGUUCCCAGUUCUAAGGCCACGAGGUUGCAGGAGGGAGCCCUCAUGGAGUUCUGGAUCCAUACAUGAGCUUUAAACACAAGCGAGCCUGACUGCUGCUUAUCUGGCAUUGCUGCACAACGGCAAAGGCCAGGAGGUCCAAGGAGCAGAGGUAGCGAUUCCACACAGCAGAGCGGCUAAGCUCUGCACCCGGAUGUCUCAGAACUCCUGCUGCCUUCGCGUGACAGGAAAGUGAGCAAAGCAGCCCUCAGCGGGUUACAAGCAUGAUCUAAUGAGUGUCCCCUUUUCUUAAAGGGCGGUGCAUAUGCCUGUGAUAGACACAGUUGUACCACCCCCUCCAUUCCAAAAUUAGAGUUAGGCCAAGAAAGUGAAAGGUUAAUGGGCUUUUUAUGAACCAAGGUGACCUAAUAAACACACCAGAGCUCAGUGAUGGUGACACAAGCAGACGAAUUAAUUUACUCAGGAGAGUAAACCCAACAUGCUCUGCUUUCACGCCAGGCCUUGGACUGUUGCCCCAUACUAUUUACUUCCAUUGUUGGGGUCCCUAAAUCAGCAUCUAAGUCCGUGUCUCACCACUGCCUGGACUAUCGGUCAGUUUAUUAUUACAGAUAAUACUAAGGGUGUUAAAAAAAAAUCAUGUCUGGGACUGGGGAAGAGAAAGUAAUUGGGUGAGCAGAAUGGGAGUUCAACAUACCCGCCUUUGGAUUAGCACAGGACACAAGUGGUGGGUGGGGCACAGGAGGGACAACACCCCUCUUCCAUUUUGCUCCCCGCUCCACGGGCCUCUAUCAGACAUCAACUCCUUUGAAGUGGACAAUGCACCCCCGGAAUUGAGUCCUGCUCUAUUGAAUUUGGCACAUUUUUAACUUGGACUGUUUAAAUGUGUCUGGGGGAGAAGGGGGGUGGGGACUGUGACUUUAAUCCCCCCCCCUUUUUUUUUUAAAGGGAAAAAAGCUUCCCCCCCCCACCUAGUCAAGCCAUCUGAGCCACAUCCAAAAUCCCUUCUUGUAUAUGUAGUUAUUUAUAUAUAGCUCGCUAGGACAACCAGCCAGCCUUGGUACCACUGCAUGACAGAUCACCACAACGUACCUAGCAGCAUGCUGAGCAGAGAAUCCAGAUGCUUUUUUACGCCUCUGAGCCGUCGUCCACUGGGCAGAACAUAUACAGGCUGCAGCAUUAUUUUUAAAAUGGGGCCUGAGGGGGUUUAUUUUCCCCAAGAGGCUCGAGUGAGCCCUAUAAAAAAACAACCUCUUAUUGCCCAAGGCAGCAGGCUUAACAUGAUCAGUUUAUUUCCAAUUUAAAA